AUGGGUGCUUCCGUGGCGUCCUCGAAUAAGUCUCCGGCCUCCGAGUUCAGAUACAGCCUCCACGGUCUAGCCUACAGCGCGACGACCGCGUCAAACCCUCCGAUACGAGUCACAAGCACCACGUCGUUACAUCGACUUCCUGGCCUCGACUCCAACGGGCAUCAGGGUUCAGCCACCUCCGGGGACAACGCGUCCACAACGUCCAAUAAGAAAGACCAUUUUGACGCGUCGGCGCACGAUGGAGACGGGCUCCAAGCCGCAGGUGCAGGUUCCAUCUCCGCGCGAGAAAGUCAGACGAGCCUCAACACAAGGGCUCCCACGAUAAGCAGUUUGACCUCAGCCGCAGCCAGUGUGCCUCAUAUCCGCGUCAACGACAUAAACUCGGGAGACUCGGCCCUAGACCGCCACAGCAACCUCAGCGCUGACGACAACGGGAGAUGGUCGUCUCUGAGGAAAUCCAAGUCGAGCUCAGCAGUAUCUGGGAAAGAGGGGGGAAGAGACACGCAAUUCAAAGGGAUUUCUUUGGACAUAGACAUCCCUACAGGUGAAUUCAGUGACGACCUCUCCACCAGCAGCAUGGAAUUUUCGAAAAGAGGGAGUAUGCUGAUUGACGGGCUGAGAGUGAAUCAGACGAGCCGCAGAACUUCUCCCAAUUUGGCCCCGAUCAUGGACGACUCUAAAAGGGAAAAUGGGCAGCGAAAUACCACAGAUACAACCGUCGGUCCUCGGCCGACUUUGACCACGGCGUCCACUGCUGCAAAAUCGAUCAAGGAACGUCCAACUGCCAAGGUCCUUUCCGCGGACGAAGAGAUGUUGUCUGAGAAAGUUCGGGCCUUUUAUGCUGCCGGAACAGACAGCCAGCAAGAUACAGAGUCCUCUACCAACUUAGCCGCUCGAAUUGGGGCACGAUGGCAAACAACAUUGGCCACUGACACCCGAAGCGUCAGUAUCCCGUCUCUCUCCCGGGCUACCUCGACGACAGACAUCGUUGAAGAUACCAACAACUCAGUGCUUCCAGGUGAGACGCGGGCCGCCUCACAGACGUAUGUGAUACCGGAGCGCGAGGAAACUGAACUAGCCGGUGGGUUGGAAGACUGGAAGGACAUCAGCAGUGCAGAUGUUGACCGCUUUGGCUUCAUUGUCGCCAGAGCACCAGCUGCGACUGAAAAUGGCGCCGACGAAUCGAGGCCCCAACGUUUGACCCGAGUCUCGACAAGUCUACAAGUUGCCUCAGAUACUCCUCGACGGAAACAUACGCUACGUCGUACCCCGAGUAGCGCCCACGCAUCCACACGAUCAGGACACAGCAAACACAGCGUUACGGAUCAAACACCACCUCGGCCGUCGAGUUCCCAAAGCGGUUAUGCGCGCCCCUCCACAGGCCGGCGCAGCGUGUCCUCGCGUCUUCCUGUACUCGGUUCGAAAAACCGUCGGUUGAUGCAUUCAGCCAUGGACAUGCUCACGCUUCCUCGAUCUGCUCACUCCGUGGUUGAGGACGGAUAUGUUCACAUUGAUGAUGCCAGAGCACGUCGGAAAGAAAUCGAACGCGAGGAGAAAUGGCGCAAAAUGGCCCGUCCCUUGGUCACGGCCACAGACCCGAAGAGCGGCCUCCCCAUCGUAGGAGGUGGUUCCGAGACGGGAUAUAAUUUCGACACAGGGUCUCCCAAGCUAAUCGAGCGGACGUGGAAAGGCAUACCAGACAAAUGGCGGGCGACAGCUUGGCAUAGUUUUCUCAGCACAUCAGCUUCACGACGUAAGGACUGCCUAAGCGACACGGAAUUGAUCGAUUGGUUCCAUUCCUACCAAACAGAAUCAUCCCCGGACGAUGUGCAAAUUGACAUCGACGUUCCGCGCACCAUCUCCUCCCACAUCAUGUUUCGGAGGCGGUAUCGAGGUGGCCAACGGCUUCUGUUCCGUGUACUCCACGCCAUGUCUCUUCACUUUGCAGAAACCGGCUACGUGCAAGGAAUGGCUGCGCUUGCAGUCACUCUGCUGGCAUACUAUGAUGAGGAAAAAGCGUUUGUCAUGCUUGUCCGUAUGUGGGAACUCCGAGGACUAGGGGAGUUGUACAAAUCCGGCUUUCAGGGCUUGAUGACAGCCUUGAACGACUUUGAGACGGGUUGGUUGGGGCAAGGGGAGCUUGCCCGGAAGUUGGAAAAGCUAGGCAUUCCGCCAACCGCCUACGGCACCCGGUGGUACCUAACACUCUUCAACUACGCGAUCCCCUUCCCUGCACAGCUGCGCGUCUGGGACGUCUUCAUGCUUCUCGGGGACGACACGUCUCUGUCCCCAUACUCCCCUACUCCCACCUCUAAUACUAACUCUAAUCCCCCUUCACUGCAAACGCCCAACCAAACUCAAUCCACGACCGGAGACGAACCCCCCGAUCACGAACCCUCGUUCGGCACGACUCUCGAUGUUCUGCACGCCACGUCGGCGGCCCUGAUCGACGGCAUGCGUGACAUCCUCAUGGAAUCGGACUUUGAGAACGCCAUGAAAGUCCUCACGUCAUGGAUUCCCAUCCAAGACGAGGAUUUGUUGAUGCGCAUCGCCAAAGCAGAGUGGAGGAUGCAUCAGAGGCAAGGCCCACAGAGACCCAGGAAGCGCGGGUAA